UUCAUCAAAAUACGAAUGAAACAAUUAAUGAUAGUUUUGCAACGGAAACUUCUGCAAGUUCUGGCGAAAAUGUGAAAAGAAAUUCACAGUGGAAUGGAGAAGCAAAUGCAGAUCACAUAGCAGAAUAUCAAAUUAAUCUAGUAUCUGAUACCUGUUCUAGAUCAAAAUCACUUCUUCCUAGGCCUAGCACAGACGAAUGUAUAAAGAAGAUACUUUCGAUGAGAUCUAAUACUAUUGACACAGUGUCAGACGUUCGGAAACCACAAGUGCCUAAAACUUUGAAUAUUACACCAUUGAUAUUAAAUGAUUCUAAUUCCAGAAGGGAUGAGAAACACCAAAAGAAUUAUUCAAAUGAUAUGGAAGAUACACCUAAGUUAGUGCGUCAGGGUUCUUAUGUGCUGGAUAGUCCAAGUCCUAUUCUACUAGCCCACAUGCAAAUGAAACAGUCCAGUUCUACUUCUAAAUGUUGUUCCGAAUAUGUUCCAACGUCGUGUUCAAAUACAGUACGUCGUAGAGAAUGGAAUAUCGAGCAAGCUAAAAUUGAAUGGGAAAACGACUUGAAAGGUAAAGAUUUCGUUUCUGCAGAAUCGUUAGAAUUAUGCAUGAAACAAAAAAACUGUUCCUCCAAUACCAGCCACAAGAUGUGUAAGUCAGUUUCCUCGCCGACAAACCCUGUAUCCUCGUUCACGAUGUACCCAGCUGCAAGGUCUGUCGAUUGCAUCCAAACAAUGUUAGCCAACGAAUGCAUGGAGAAAAAUAAUGCACAAAUUAAUCAUGAUAGAAAGUGUGCUACAGAGAAUAAUAAUGAAAGGAAACGCAAAUUUCAGGAGUGGAAGAAAUGCAAUAGUUUUUCUACUUUUCAAUUAGCGCCUAAACACGACAGUUUUUUAGAAAAUGAAGUACCAUUUCCUAAUAACUUGGAGAAUGAGUAUAAUAAAGUUCCUACCGGUGAUAACUUUGCUGAAGAGAUUUCAAGAAAUCCAAGUUCUAAAGAUUUUAUACCUAACUCAAAACUAACUAUUACUUCAGAUAAACUUUUAACAGUUUACAAAAAAGUACAAGAAAUGCAUAAAAAGCAAAUGGCUGAGCUAAUGUCUCGACAGCAACGGGAGCAAACUCUGCUCCAAGAAGAAUUCGAGAAACAACAGCUGCUUUUAUUAACCGAGAUCAGAAAAUCUUUUCCAGAAAUUUCAGUUUCACUGCCCUCUGAAAAUAUUUUAUCUACCUCUUUCAACCAAGUUACUCCCAAUGAUGAGAAGCUUCAUGAAAACACCGAUAAUACUAUGGAAAAUGUAAAAAACUUGAGAAACAAUCUUCAAGGUAAUAAAGAAGUAGAACAUUUGCAAGACAAUAACGAAAAUUUAAUUUCAUGUCUGCUGGACUACACUUACACUGACAUGAAACUUCCAAAGACGGAUUCUUGCUUUAUAGCGAAAAAAGAUGAAGUCGUGGUACACCCAGAUAAAGAUGGAAGUUUCGAGAAAAAAUUGGUAGAAGAUGGAGAGUGUAAACGUUUGAACGUUAGCAGACAAUUAUUUCCUUUAGAUAGUAAAACUGUUCACGUACCAAUUCUCGAUAAGACAAUAUAUGGAGCUAAACAUAUAGAAGCUGUAAAUGUGAUAAAUGCGUAUGCACGAGGAUAUUUAGUACGCAGAAUGAUGCGAACGGAACGUGUAAUCGCUUUGAAGAAUACGUAUAAAGAAGCUUUAGAAUGCAUGCUCAAGCUUCACGUUGAUGCACCUCUUAAUCGAUCGGAAUUCAAUUUCCUAUAUCGUCUUCAACUGCAGUGCGAUGCGGCCUCUAUGAAUAUAGUGGAGUUAUUUGCCCAAAGUGCCGAGAAAAGAAUGCAAGUAAUAUCACAAGAUCGUGAAAUCAAGCAAAGUCGCAUAGAACGUUCUACAUCAGCCAGAUCGUACUCGUUUGCGACUCAGAGGACCUUAGCCAGGAAAAAACUGAAGGAGAUGGAAGAACAUCAACCGUCUUCGUUUGCUCGUUCAUGUCUGUCUAGAUCUAGAUGCCAAACUUGGACCUCCAACGAUAAAGAUAAAAUGAUCUCCCCAAACAUUUUAUAUCAUGGUAUUAAAAGGAGUACUAGCGCCGGUACCGUAAGAAAACCAUGGCGAUGAAAUUGUAAUAGUGC